UGGAACAAAAACCAGAAAACAACCACAUCACCAAAAAAAUUAGUCUCUUGCCGUGUAGUUAACGCCGGCCAUGGAAAAUGAGAAAGUUGACAAUGGUGAAGAUGAGCAAGAAGAGCAGAAAGUGGAGGAGUUUUUCGCUUUAAUUAGAAGCUUUCAAGAAGCGCGUAACAGAAGAAAAGAUCAAGCACUAUUGGAAGAGAAAGACAGGAAGAAGAAGACUAAGCUAAGAAAGUUAAAUGCGGAAGAGCAAGCCAGUUGGGUUCCUUCUUUUGAGUGGGAAGAUUUCAAUCAAGAAAUUCAGUUUAGAAAGUCUCCAUUGAUUUAUCCUCGUCCUUGUAAUAACCAGAAUGAAGACAAGAAACAACAAGAGGAAGACGGCGGUUUAGAUCUCAAUCUCACUCUAUAGAGACGUCGUUUUAACGAUUAAUUCCGUUUUCAGCAUUCGGUUUUUUUUUUUUUCUUUUUCUGUUUUCAUCAUGUUUUAUGAAUCUAAUGUUUAACGUUGUUGUUGGGUUAAUGAAAUAGCAGCUACAAACUGACCUCAAAUUGACAUUUCUGAUUAAUUUUUUAUUAGUUUCUUCAUCUUGAACCGACAAAGAAAAGUAUAUUGAAGAAUAAAGAACUGAAAAGGUUACAA